GCACUGAAGUCUUCAAACAAGAGAACAGGAAAAUGACCUCUAACAUGAAAGUCUUCCUUGUGAGUAUGCUUGUGUUCUUGCUAGCCUCAAAUGUCUUUAUCAAUGAAAUUGAAGCUGCCGGAGAGUGCGGCAAGACUCCGAUUACGUCUGCCGCGGCUAGCCUGAGCCCGUGCUUGGCUGCAGCCAAGAAUGCCAGAGCUAAAGUGCCACCAAUUUGCUGCACUAAAGUAAGUGCCUUGAUCAAGACUGCUCCGAGAUGUUUAUGUGCUGUCCUCUUGUCUCCCUUGGCAAAGCAGGCCGGGAUCCAGCCCGGUAUCGCUAUUGGCAUUCCUAAGCGAUGCAAUAUCAAGAACAGGCCUGCUGGAAAGAAGUGUGGGAGGUACACCGUCCCUUGAUAAGCAAAGGCAAAAGGUCGAGCUACGGAGGAGGAGGAUAGUGACUAGAAAAUAUUGAAUAAGAGUUUCUAUAUAUGCCAUGUAGGGUCAAUAUUUAUGCUACAUUAUUUGACCCGCACCGUUUUAUGUACUUGUGAUGUUUGUUUAGCGGAUAAAUAUUAUUGUGCUUUUCAAGUA